AUGGAUGAACAUUUGAUUGCAACUAUCAACAAGCUACAAGAUGCAUUAGCGCCUCUUGGUGGGGGCUCUUCUUCUCCAGUUGAUUUACCGCAGAUCACUGUUGUUGGAUCCCAAUCUGCUGGUAAAUCGUCAGUUUUAGAAAAUAUCGUUGGCCGUGAUUUUUUACCAAGAGGUACUGGUAUCGUUACUAGAAGACCUUUGGUUUUACAAUUGAUAAACAGAAGAGCAUCGCCAAACAAAGAUAAGAAGGACUUGCUUGAUAUUAACUCAACUGAAGAUGGUGGACAAACUGAAAAUAAUGCUGAUGAAUGGGGGGAGUUUUUGCAUUUGCCAGGAAAGAAGUUUUACAAUUUUGAAGAUAUUAGAAAUGAGAUUGUUCGUGAGACUGAUGCCAAGACUGGUAAAAACUUGGGUAUUUCCCCUGUGCCUAUCAAUUUGAGAAUUUAUUCUCCCCAUGUCUUGACUUUGACAUUGGUUGAUUUGCCUGGAUUGACUAAAGUGCCAGUUGGUGAUCAACCCAAGGAUAUUGAGAAACAGAUUAGGGAAAUGAUUAUGAAGUUUAUCUCCAAGCCCAAUGCUAUUAUCUUGUCUGUGAAUGCGGCAAACACCGAUUUGGCCAAUUCUGAUGGUUUGAAGUUGGCAAGAGAAGUUGACCCCGAAGGAUCCAGAACUAUUGGUGUGUUGACAAAAGUUGAUCUUAUGGAUCAAGGUACUGAUGUGAUUGAUAUCUUGGCAGGUAGAGUCAUUCCACUUAGAUUUGGGUAUGUGCCAGUGAUUAAUAGAGGUCAAAAGGAUAUUGAGAGUAAAAAGACCAUUAGAGAAGCUUUGAGAGAUGAAGCUGCGUUUUUCGAAAACCAUCCGUCAUAUAGAGCUAAAGCUCAGUUUUGUGGUACCCCAUACUUGGCAAAGAAGUUGAAUGGUAUUUUGUUGCAUCAUAUCAAGAGCACAUUGCCGGAUAUCAAAAUGAGGAUUGAGCACUCUUUGAAAAAGUAUCAAUCGGAAUUGCAAAUGUUGGGUCCCGAAAUGUCCGAGUCACCGGCUUCUAUUGCUUUGAAUAUGAUCACCAAUUUCACCAAGGAUUAUACAGGGAUUUUGGAUGGUGAAUCAAAAGAAUUGAGUUCGGCUGAAUUGACUGGUGGUGCGCGUAUUUCGUUUGUUUUCCAUGAAAUUUUCAAGAAUGGUAUUACUGCGUUGGAUCCAUAUGAUCAAAUCAAAGAUGCCGAUAUAAGAACCAUAUUGCACAAUACAUCUGGUUCUGCACCUUCAUUGUUUGUUGGUACUCAGGCUUUUGUUGUGUUGAUUAAGCAACAGAUUAGGAGAAUGGAGGAUCCCGCGAUUAGAUGUAUAAAUUUGAUUUUUGAUGAAUUGGUGCGUAUUUUGUCACAGAUUAUUAGUCAACCACAAUAUUCGAGGUACCCGGCAUUGAAGGAGCAAUUGUCUAACCAUUUCAUUCAAUAUUUGAGAGAAGCCUUGGUUCCUACAAACAACUUUGUCGUUGACAUUAUCAAAUCGGAAGAAAUUUAUAUCAACACGGCUCAUCCGGAUUUAUUAACGGGUAAUCAAGCUAUGGCGUAUGUUGAGGAAAAGUUCCAUCCCAAGCCACAGGUCGCCGUUGAUCCAAAGACUGGGAAGCCGUUGCCACAGCAAGCAGCAAGUCCAUCGUCGGCCCACUCCAACAUCCCCAAAAAUGAAGAAAAUAGUAAUGGAUUUUUUGGAGGAUUCUUUUCUUCCAAGAAUAAAAAGAGAUUACAACAAAUGGAAGCACCUCCACCUGUUUUACGAGCAACUGGAACAAUGACCGAGAGAGAAUCGAUGGAGACUGAAAUUAUCAAAUUGUUGAUUUCGUCUUAUUACAACAUUGUCAAGAGAACGGUUACGGAUAUUGUUCCCAAGGCGAUUGUAUUGAAGUUGAUAAAUAAGUCCAAAGAUGAGAUUCAAAAAGAAUUGUUGGAGAAGAUGUAUAAUAAUCCAGAAUUGCCAGAUUUGGUUAAAGAGAACGAGUUGACUGUACAAAAGAGAAAAGAGUGUAUUAGAAUGGUUGAAGUGUUGAGAAAUGCUAGUGAGAUUGUGUCUAGUGUGUAG